AUGACGAGGCAACUCUUUGCAGAAAAGGGGUUGAACCAGAUGAGAAAGGUUGCUCAGGUGGGAAUUGAUGGUGUGCGGCGGACAGACUGGCACGACUACGAAGCGAUGAUGAGGGAUGCUGCUCGCUCAGGUAACGGUGAACAGGGGAAGCCGUUUCCUCUGACAGAAACUGACCGGGUCGACCAGGCCUACAGGGAGAACGGAUUCAACAUUUACAUCAGCGACCGGAUCUCCCUCAAUCGAUCCGUCCCUGACAUCCGCCAUCCAAACUGUAAACCAAAGCUGUAUGCAGAGAAGCUGCCCAACACCAGUAUCAUCAUCCCGUUCCAUAACGAAGGCUGGUCGUCGCUGCUGAGGACCGUUCACAGCGUGCUCAACCGCUCUCCUCCACAGCUCAUCGCGGAGAUCAUCCUGGUCGACGACUUCAGCGACAAAG